AGGGAGUUCCCUUCGAGAGGUCCUUAAUGCAGCUCCGAUGUUUAGACAUUAGGGGGGAAAAAAAGGUUGAAGAAAACAAGUUGUUCCAGGCGGGAGAGGCUGGCACCGCUGGCAGGUAGGCUGCCAGAGCAGUGACAGUGCCGGGGACUGCCUUCUGCUGCGCUGCUUUUGUGUCGCUCAUUGUGGGAAAGUUUUGCAAUCGCCGUAAGAAGGAAAUCCAAGGUUUAAAACCCAUGUGGUGAAGUGCUCCACUUGCCGGAGCAGGCUUGGGCUGUGACGUGUCCCUGGCUCCCAGCCUGGGAGCCCUCGGGCAGGGCAAGAACAGCCUGACACUCCUCUGACACACAGUAAGUGCUCUCUGCCUCUUCCCGUUCCUUUGUUUGUUUACUUGGGGGCUGCCACUGCUGCCUGUCUGCACAUCGCCUUGUCACUGAACUUGAAAGACUUUAUGUCAAGUGCAAAGUCAGAUGUUUCACAAAGUUAAUCAUCAGCAAAAUACAAAUCAAUGAAGAAUGUAUUUACUUUAGAGAACUGUGUUCCAGCUCCUAUCGGGGAGAAGGAAAACCAUGGACAGACCAAUCGCUGCUGGCCAGCUUAAAGAAAAAUCGGUGUUCCAGGACAGUAAUGGCAGUGCAGUCUCUGCCAAGCCUGCGUGCCAUAAUUGUUCCAAGCUGAAGAUAUUUCUUGGAGCUCUAGCUUUUUCCUUUUUUGCCAAAGGAUUUUCUGGAAGCUAUAUGAAGAGCAUGUCCAGUCAAAUUGAAAGGAGAUUUGAAAUCUCAUCAUCGAUUGUUGGCAUUAUUGAUGGCAGCUUUGAGAUAGGUAACUUAAUGAUCAUGGUGUUGGUGAGCUACCUUGGACCGAGAGUUCAUCGGCCAAAAAUAAUUGCUGUUGGGUGUCUCAUCAUGUCUGCAGGAGCUUUUUUGUCAGUGAUGCCACAGUUCCUAAUGGGACGUUACAAUUAUGAAAGGAUAACUGUUAGUGUGGACAACUCCUCCAAGAGUGUGUCAGCGUGCUCCCCAGCAUCAUCUGAGGGCCCUGCAGUCACAGAUGCUACAGAAACACUCAGCACAAUGAUAAAUGCUGGUUGUGAGAAAACAACAAAUUCCUAUCUGUGGCUCUUUGUUUUGGUGGGGAACCUUCUACGUGGAAUUGGGGAGGCACCAAUUAUGCCACUGGGAGUUUCAUAUAUUGAUGAUUUUUCUAAAGAAGAAAACUCAGCGUUUUAUAUAGGCCUGGUGAGAUCCUCGGGCAUGUUUGGGCCGACACUGGGCUUCCUACUGGGCUCCUUCUGUGCCAGUCUCUGGGUCGACGUUGGCGCCGUGGAUGUUGAUGCCAUCAGCAUAAAUCCUAAGGAUAGCCGCUGGGUUGGUGCCUGGUGGCUUGGAUUGCUUAUCUGUGGAACAGUCAACUUCAUUGCCUCAUUGCCUUUCUGGUUUUUACCCUAUUCUUUACCAAAAGAAGGAGAGAAUGAAAACUUGAAGAUUAGUCACUUGUCAGUUCAAGGAGAUCACUGUAAAAUAGACACCCCAGCUCAGCCACAGUUGAAGUUCUCAGAGGCAGCAAAAGAUUUCUUGCCAGCACUCAGGAAGCUGUUUGGAAAUCCAGUUUUUGUGGUGUUCAUCUUCCUGACUAUUCUGCAGUACAAUUCCCUUGUUGGGAUAAUAACUUAUGAGCCAAAGUUUAUGGAGCAGCAAUUUAAUGUAUCCGUGGCAAAAGCCAUCUUUCUAAUUGGCGUGAUACUUUUACCUGUCACAAUCCUGGGGAUGUUUUUAGGAGGCUUCCUGAUCAAGAAAUUCAAGCUUCACAUAACUGAAAUGACCAAGUUUGCGUGCGUCACCUUUAUAGUGGCAUAUUUGCUGAACCUCUUGUACUUUGCGUGCAGCUGUGAGGCGCUCCAGGUGGCCGGGCUGACAGCGCCAUACUCUGGAAUAAAGCACCUUUCCUCCAGCAAGCACAUCUACAUGGCCAGCUGCAAUGCUGAGUGCAACUGCAAGGUGGAUCAGUGGGACCCUGUCUGUGGGGAUAAUGGGAUCACAUACAUGACAGCCUGCUUUGCAGGGUGCAAGUCAUCAUCUGGGACAGGAAGGAAUAUGGUGUUUCACAAUUGCAGCUGUGUGCAAGGACAAGGGCUCGGGCUUGGCAAUUCCUCUGCAGUUUUGGGACAAUGCCAAAGAGAAAGCUGUACCAAAGUCUUUCCCUAUUUUUUAGCAUUGCAGACUGCAUGUGCAUUUUUUUUAGCCUUAGGAGGCACUCCAACAUACAUGAUUAUGUUUAGAUCUGUUUCUCCAGACCUGAAAUCCUUUGCUGUUGGAAUAGAGACUUUGGGUGGUAGAGUACUAGGAGGACUCCCAGCCCCGAUUUAUUUUGGUGCCUUGAUAGACAAGACCUGCUUGAAAUGGGGGACAAAAAGCUGUGGAGGAUCUGGAUCCUGCAGAGUAUAUGACACAAAAGAAUUCAGGAAUGUCUAUCUUGGCCUCAUUGCAGGACUACGGGCAGGAUGCUGUCUCUUGUACUUAGUGCUCUCCGUUUUAAUUAUGAAACGCUUCAAACCAGAUGGCAAAGAGAUGACAGAUAUUAAAAAUGCAGAGAGAUCAGCCAGCAAAGAACUAGAUACUGCUAACAAAAGAGAAAUUCUUCCUGGUUCAAGAACCUCAGAGGAGAGUGAGGAAACUUAUAUGUAAAAAUGAAACAAGACCUAGGCUUCAGUUUUUCUGAAGUGCAAAAGGAGUCUAAUUACUGGCUAUAACAACUAGUUUACAUUUUGGGAGUUCAAAAAGUAUCUUUGAACAUUGGCUUUUUAUUGGCUUUACCCAUCAUCUUCCUUUUGUCAUCUAAAACAGCAAUAAGGGGAAAAGGUGUUCAAUAUUUUGGGGAACUCUGCCAUCCUCCUGCUCUCAGUCCCUUUCCUUGACCCACAGUAGGACAACCCAAAAAUUUUGCAAAUGUCAUAAAUGUGAUUAUGAUUGAAAAAUUAAGAAGAAAUCCAUAAUAAGCUGCUUUGUUGUUUUCCACUGAGGAUAUUUCAAGUCCUCUUGCUCUGUAUUUAGUCCUAGAGCUCUCCAUGGCCAAUCAAUCUUGACUUGGGCUACUGUGAUGUGAAAAGUAGGGGGGGUUUUGCUGUGAGGUUUGUUUUGCUGUGGGGUUCCUGACCAGAGCUUAUGGUUCCAGACUUGCUCCCAUGUGCCAUGACCAGGUGAGACCCCCAGGGCUGUCAGGGAGCACCUUCUGAGCUCAAACAGCACUACAGCUCUGGGGGUUUGGCUUGAAAGGGUUAAACAAAGUGGACAGCAAAUAAACAAAGAGGUGUAUUAAUUUUGCAGCACAUCUCAAAAAUGGGUUUGAGAUAGACUGAACUGCAAUAAAGUGAUAGGUACUUAA